AAAACCAAAGGAGCUGUUGUUAUAGUAUCCACUCCCUUGGUUCGUGUGGUAGGUUAUUUUGCCAUCCUACUUGGUACUAUUUAGUCUUCUUAACCUGCUUCUAAACGAAACACGACGCACCUAUACCCAAAACAGAAAAUACUGGACCGAACGGCUGGGUCUUCUUUAACCUCCGUCCGUCUCUCAUCGUCGGCACACGGACUCUGAAACUUUCAGUUCAUUCAGCGAGCGAACCGAACCGCAUCUUGUGCAGGGAACUAAUGUCGAAAAGGAGGGUUUGUCUUCUCACCGUCAAGUCCCUAAGUGCUUUCCCCAAGGUACGCUUUCCCGGUGAUUCCUCUUGUCCAAUCAAAUCCACUUUCCUAUCCAGAAACCUCAGCACCGCUCAAAGUUUAAAGCUUCCAACUGACGAUUUUGGUGGCGUCUCCCCAAACGAGAGACAAAGCCAUGCCGGUUCAUGGAGCAACCCGAGGGCAAGCGGCUUAAACCCUGAUGGGGGUUUUGGAGAUACAAAUGGAAACUCGUGGAAUUAUCAGGACAGAGAGAAAGGGAACUUGGCUGGGUUUUCUGGACCCGAUUACACUGAGAACACCAGUAGGAAUUAUUGCAGAAACGGAAGUAGUUUCAAUCAGAAUAGCGUAUGGGAGAAUAAUGGAUCCGUUGGUGGGAACUACGGAUAUGGAAAUGAGCAGUUUCAGCAGAAUUUGCAGGGAAGCAAUAUGCCAAAUUCAUGGAAUUCUCGAGCUACUUACCAACAGGGCCUACAGGGCAGUAAUAUUCCGAAUUCAAGGAAUUCAGACAGUCUCUACAGAGUGAAUGACAAUGUACAGAGGACAGGUCAGGGAUACAUGGAGAAUGCUAAUGGAAAUGUUCAAAAUCCAAAUGGGUAUUGGUCACGAGGACUUUCACCGUCCCAGAAUAGUCUACAUUUGCAGAAUGGCAUGUAUGAGCACGGUGCUGGGAGUAGUGGGAUGAUGCAUCAUCGUCUUCCACCUAUGCAAGACGGUCAUAAUCUUAAUGAUGGACUAAAUCAGCAGCAAGCUGGUACACAAGCUGGAGCCAUAGCUUUUGGAAGUGCAAUGGAUGGAGAUCUUCUGGAAGAGUUGGAUAAGUUUUGCAAGGAUGGUAAAGCUAAGGAAGCUGUGGAGAUAUUGCUAAAGUUGCAGGGAAUGCAGGUAACUGUGAACUUCGACUGCCUAUUGAGGUUAAUUAGUGUCUGUGGGGAGUCUAUGGCUUUAAAAGAGGCAAAACAGGUUCAUGAGCAUAUCAUGAGAGCUAUGUCCUCACCUAAUGUCAAUACUUAUAACAAGAUCAUGGAGAUGUACUCGAAAUGUGGCGCUAUGGAUGACGCACUAGAUGUGUUCAACAACAUGCCAGAGCGUGAUUGGAUUUCUUGGGAUACCAUGAUAACAUGGCUUGCUAAGAAUGAACUUGGGGAGGAUGCCAUUGAUCUGUUCACCCAGUUCAAGGAAGCUGGAUUUAGACCUAAUUCUAAGAUGUUUAUUGGAGUUUUUUUGGCUUGCGGUGUCUUGGGUGAUAUGGAUGAAGGUAUGUUCCACCUUAUGUCCAUGAAAAAGGAUUUUGAUAUCAUCCCAACAAUGGAACAUCACCUUAGCAUUGUGCAGAUGUUGGGAAGUGCUGGAUAUCUCGAUGAAGCAUUAGAAUUUAUCCACAAGAUGCAUUUGGAACAGAAUAUAAAUGUCUGGGAAACGCUAAUGUAUCUUAGCAGAGUUCAAGGAAACUUGGAGCUUGGCGAUCGUUGUGCUGAAAUUGUGGAGCAGCUGGACCCCAGUCGCCUGGACAAAGAGUCAAAGGCAGGUCUUGUACCAGUUAGAGCUUCUGACAUUGCACUUGUGAGGGAGAAGAAGUUGGCCUCACAAAAUCUUCUAGAGCGUAGGACGCAGGGAUACCGAGCAGGAGAUAAAUCUUCUCCUGAUACUGAUAAGAUAUAUGGUCUGCUGAGGAAUCUGAAGGCUCAAAUGAUAGAAGCUGGUUAUGUUCCAGAGACGAGAUUUGUAUUGCAUGAUGUAGACCAAGAGAGCAAGGAGGAAGCCAUCCAUGCUCACAGUGAGAGACUUGCUCUUGCUCAAGGCUUUCUAACUUCUCCUGCUCGUAUGCCAGUUCGAGUAACAAAGAAUCUUCGUGUCUGUGGCGAUUGUCAUAAUGCAUGCAAGAUCAUCUCAUACAUCGUUGGCAGGCAGCUCAUAAUGCGAGACAACAAGAGGUUCCAUCAUAUGAAAGAUGGUGUGUGCAGUUGCAACGAUUACUGGUGAAAAAAGGUGCAGAUUUAGGUGCCCCUUGAAACAACGCAACCAAUUUUUAUAAUGCCCUGAUGGUGGUGGUGCUGGAUGUCUUGGCUCGUUCCAAAUAUUCAUUACCGGGAAUCAUUGAGAAGAAUUAUAUUCACUUUUCUUCUAAAUACGGUCUUCAGACCUGUUGUGGCACUGGUAGUGCCUGGAGCCAUCUAAGUUGCCAGUCAUUUCUUCUCGUAAUUUAAGUAGAGUCUACUUAUCUUUUGUUUGGCUGUUUUCUGUUUAAUCAUGCAACGUUCAUAUAAGUCUUUGCAGACAGAUGGAUUUUCUCCGUUACUUUGGUGAAUUUUAUAAGCAUCUUACUGUGGCUCCUUAACCAGUUAAUAUAUCCAUCAUAAUCUA